AAGAAAAACAAGAAAAAUCCUUAAAAAAUCAUUAAAUUCGUUUUCUCAAUUUUAAGACACACAACAAAAGGAAAAAUCCUGAAAAAAAUCAUGAAAUUCAUUCACACAUUUGUAGCAGUUACCAUUAUUUUAGCUCUUGAUCUCGUAGAUUGUAAUGAAAAAGUGGAAAAUAAGCUUAAAAUAGGAAUUAAAAAACGAGCUGAAGACUGCGAUCAAAAGAGUCGAAAAGGAGAUUUGUUGCAUAUUAAUUACACUGGAACGCUUCUAGAUGGAACCGUUUUUGAUUCUUCCGAAGGCAAAAAACCCUUGACUUUUACAUUAGGAGCUGGUCAGGUUAUUAAAGGCUGGGACAGAGGGAUCCUUGGAAUGUGCAUUGGUGAAGUGCGAAAACUUCAGAUUCCACCUGAAUUAGGAUAUGGAAGCUCAGCAAUGGGGAAAAUUCCAAAAAAUUCUGGAUAUCUUCCAGGCUAUGGCCCACAAGGCGGACAGCAAGUUGCUCCGGAUGUACAAAACUUCUUUAGUCAGGUAGACAAGGACAGAAGUGGUAAAAUUAAUGCUCAAGAACUUCAAGCCGCUCUUGUUAAUGGCAAAGGACAAAAUUUUUCUGAUCAAUCAUGCUCAUUGAUGAUUUCAAUGUUCGACACGGAUCGUUCUGGAACUAUUGACAUUUAUGAAUUUGGAAAACUCUUUGAAUAUGUCAAUCAAUGGCUAAACUGUUUUAAAGCUUAUGAUCGAGACCAAAGUGGAGCCAUUGAAGAAGCUGAACUUUUGCAAGCACUCUCCCAAAUGGGAUUCCGUUUUUCUCAACAAUUUGUUCACUUUUUAAUCCAAGUUCAUGAUCCAGUGAAAAAAAGUGAAAUUUCUGUUGAUCAAUUCAUUGUUCUAUGUGUGAAAGUUCAACGAUUCACGGAUGCUUUCCGUCAACGUGACACUCAACAACAAGGUGUCAUCACAAUUGGCUUCGAAGAUUUCUUGGGGAUCGCUUUAAAUUGCACCAACUAA